CUUGUCAUCUGAUCCAAGCCCCGUUCCACUUUAGAUUAUCCGGCCUGUGGGACCGUGUGUGCUGCGAGGAACCAGGCGGCACCAUGAAGCUCUACAGCCUGAGCGUUCAUUAUAAAGGAGCUACCAAAGCCAACCUCUUGAAAGCGGCGUACGAACUCUCCUCUUUCAGCUUCUUUCAGAAAUCCAGCAUCCAGGAGUUCAUGUCCUUCACCAGUGCCUUGAUUGUUGAACGGACAACAGUUGGAACUCGUGCCUCUGUCAAAGAACAAGAGUACCUAUGUCAUGUGUACGUGAGGAAUGAUAACCUGGGUGCGGUGGUCAUAGCUGACACAGAAUAUCCACAGAGAGUCUGCUUCACACUGCUUGACAAGGUGCUAGAAGAGUUUUCCAGACAGGUGGACAGGAUAGACUGGCCCUCUGGUAACCCCGACACCGUUAACUACAAAGCCCUAGACAUUCUCCUUGCCAAAUAUCAGAAUCCAAGGGAAGCAGAUGCAAUGUCAAAAGUGCAGGCGGAGCUGGACGACACAAAGAUCAUUUUGCACAAGACCAUGGAAAGUCUGUUGGAGAGAGGAGAGAAACUGGACGACCUCGUGGCCAAGUCAGAGCACCUGGGGACCCAGUCCAAAGCCUUUUAUAAGACAGCGAGGAAACAGAACUCCUGCUGCGAGAUCAUGUGAUGUCUCCGCCUCGUCCUCACGGACACGCCUCUUAUCAGUCUAAUCUGUCAUUGCCUUCCUGCUCAUCCCGAUCCUACAUCCCCCAUCGAGCGCCGGCCGCACGAUCUCAACGCCACAUGAGGAAGGUUAGCUUCCACCGCGAUAUUCACCGAUGGGGGCUGGAGGAGCGAUUCGGGUCCGAGGAACAUUCUGCAGGACGAACCCGCGUGUCGUUGUCUUUUGAUGACGUGUCGUCAUCUGGAUUGCGUCAUGUCUUAAAUGUGGCUUUUUGUUUUCCAGUGACAUGGCAAACAAAAGCAUUUGCUACUCAUCAGCUUCAUAUUGUUCAUUGAACUUGCUGACAUUCCCGCUGUGGCUGAUUGUGUUUGUCUGCUGUUAACGCAGAGUGAACAUGUAUCCCCCUCUAUCACAAUGUUGGUUAAUGAUAAGGACGCUAUGCCCAAAUCGAUUUUUUUGCCCUAAAACACAAAAAUGGAUUUAUUAAUUUGGCCGAGGGACACUCAAACGUUCCCCUGCUGCACUUUUUUUUUUUUAAUCUUCAGAAUGAAUUCGAUUUGUCUGCUCUCAUCCAGUCAAGGUGCAAACAUGCCUUUGGUUGUAUUUUAGAUGAGUUCUUUGCUUUCCGCCGUGUGUAUGUUUAUGCACGACAUGUGUAUGGCUGAAUUAAUGCGUGACUGCGCUUGUGUGUUUCUGGCUUUUACAGUGUAAACUCUUGUGCAAUACCUACACGGACUGGUGUCUCUUAACAAAGCGGAAAUGUUGCUCAUAAGUGGUCAGCAAACUGGCCUUUGUACACUUGUCUUAUGAGUACUGUGACUCCCCCACAUGAAGCCUGUGCAGGGUUGAUUCUUGAUUUAAUAAAUACUUAUCUGGGUUCAAA